GCCCCACCCCCAGCCUCAGGCCUCCCAGAACACUGGAUCUGAGCAGCUGCCGCCAGCGGGGAGCUCCAAGCUAUCAUGGAUCCUAAAGGCCUGGCGCUCCUGUUGCCCCCUGCCACUCUGGCCACCCUGGCGGACAGCUGGCUCCAGGAGGACUGUCCGGGCUUUAACUACACAGCCUUGGUCACAGGGGCGGCCCCCUCGCAGGCGGCGCUGUGGGCCAAAUCCCCUGGGGUACUGGCUGGGAGGCCUUUUUUUGAUGCCAUCUUCGCCCAAGUCAACUGCCAGGUCUCCUGGUUCCUCCCUGAGGGAUCAAAGCUGGUGCCUGUGGCCAAAGUGGCCGAGGUUCGGGGCCCUGCCCACUGCCUACUGCUCGGGGAGCGGGUGGCCCUCAACACGCUGGCCCGCUGCAGUGGGAUUGCCAGCUCGGCCGCGGCGGCCGUGGCGGCCGCCCGGGGGACCGGCUGGGCGGGGCGCGUGGCGGGCACGAGGAAGACCACUCCAGGCUUCCGGCUGGUAGAGAAGUAUGGGCUCCUGGUGGGUGGAGCUGCCUCUCACCGCUACGACCUGGGAGGGCUGGUGAUGGUGAAGGACAACCAUGUCAUGGCAGCUGGUGAUGUGAAAAAGGCGGUGGGACUGGCCCGGCGGGCAGCCAGCUUCGCCCUGAAGGUGGAGGUGGAGUGCAGCAGCCUGCAGGAGGCCACGGAGGCCGUGGAGGCAGGAGCCGACUUCGUCUUGUUGGACAACUUUAGGCCGGAGGAGCUGCACCCCACUGCUGAAGCGCUGAAGGCCCGGUUCCCGCGCGUGGGCGUGGAGGCCAGCGGGGGCAUCACGCUGGGCAACCUCCCUCAGUUCUGUGGGCCACACAUCGAUGUCAUCUCCUUGGGGAUGCUGACCCAGGCUGCGCCAGCCCUCGAUUUCUCCCUCAAGCUGUUCGCCGAUGGGGCCACUCCAGUGCCGCAUGCCCGCCGGUCCUAAAACCAAAGAGGAUGACACUGGCAAUGGGAUUACAUGGUUUCGUGGGACUUUACCUCUGCUCACCUCAGUUUCCUAAUCUGUAAAAUGGGUCUAAUAAAUGAUCAG